AUGGGUAUCAACAGGCGCUGCAGGACUCUUCCAGCCAAGCGGGAUCCAACGCUCUGCUGUGUGAUUUGUGGAGCUGAGCUUCCCAUGUACGCUGUUGAGGAAGUAUUGGAGGAGCGAGAGGACUGGAGAGAGCUUGCAAACAAGCGUCGGAGGAAAUCUGUAAUUGUCCCAGCCGAAGAGUUGGAGCAGACGGACUUUGUGAAAUAUCCGUAUCUGUGGUCGUUCUGGUUUCGAGCAAUCCUCGACGAUCCGAAGACAAGCCAGAUGUUUUUAUCUGGAAUCUCCAACGGACUUUCCAUUAACUUCCGGCCACGCCCCGUCCCGAGAGACCCCCAAAGGGCCUCCCUCCUAAAUCUGGCACUAACAGAGAACCAUUGGAAUGCGGACUUCCACAUGGCGAAUCUGUUCGAACCAGACUGGAACCGAGAGGCAGGGGAACGCAUAGCCUAUCCGAUUCAUCCCCACUGCUGGCUGCUCCUCGACCGUUUUGUUGGACAUGAUCUCAUCAUGUCAAGUCUCCAUGCCUUUGUCCGCGCUGUCAAAGGGUUUUGGAAGGAAAACAAAAGGCACUGGGCUGUUUUCUUAGACCAUGUGUCUGUCGAUGCGGUCUGCUAUAACAAAGGCCCACACUGGCCCACAGAGCAGGGUACUCCGGACUCCUGUCCUGAGUACCCGGAUGCAAUCAGGAAGUGGCAUGCCCCUGGGAGUCCAUUGAGAAUUCCUGACAUCCAGCGCUUGAUCACUCAAAAUCUUCUGUCACAAAGAGACAAUUCUGGUCAAGGACAGAAUAAGAUCGAGUCGCCGGUUUUCUGCUUGCCUCUCGAUCUUGCGGUGACUAUCGUGGAUUUGAUGUAUAAGACUCAGCCUCAUUGUCAGCAGCGCAUUGACGAUACACGAAAUCUACUGGAAGCCUUUCGAUGGAGAUUGCCCAACACUUACUGGCAAGCACGAUGCAACACACCGCUAUUGUUUGAACUCGACGACCUGAUCAAGGCCGGAACUGCAGUAAACUGGCCGGGUCUGUGCCUGGGGAUCGAGGAGCUACUAUUAGACGACGAUUGGUAUUGUAAUAGUGGGUUGAAUAAUCGUGCUCGAACGCUGAAACUGCUCAAUGGCAUCAAGGAGGGUUUUCUACAUCUUUUGAAUCAGGGCGUUGGCCAGUGA